GUAAUCCAGCGCCAAAUCUGAAGUAUGUCUGCCCAAACAGACCCGAAUCAAAUACGUUCCCGGUUUAAAGUUGUAGAAGUUGCAAAAGGUAAAAGAUGUUGCUAAGCCCAGAGCAGGUGGCCCUCAUAGGCCUUGUGUUUGAGACCUAUGUGGCUGAGCACCAUAAGAGUGACAUCCUGCAGAUCCUCCAGGAUCCUGAUGGAGAUGCUCAUUAUCCAUUGGUGGUAAACGCAAUGUCCUUGUUUGAAGCUAACAUGGAAGUGGCUGAGUACUUCAACGCCUUCCCCAGCGAGGUGCUGUCUGUUUUUGACAGUGCUCUUCACACAGCCGCCUUGUCCAUUUCUCAGUCAGAGACGCUUCACAGAGACUUGAGACCCAAACGCAACCUGCAUGUCCGCAUUUCAGGUUUGCCUGUGUGUCCGGAGCUGACCAGAGACCACAUCCCCAAAGCCCGGGACGUGGGACACUUCCUGUCUGUCACCGGGACGGUCAUCCGCACCAGCGCGACCAAAGUGCUGGAGUACGAGAGGGACUACAUGUGCAAUAAGUGCAGGCAUGUGUUCUCUGUGCAGGCUGACUUUGAGCAGUACUAUAGUUUCUCUCCUCCCACUCGCUGCCCCAGCGGAGAUGAGUGCUCCUCCUACAAAUUCACCUGCCUGUCAGACAGCGAUGCUGCACCAGCUGCCUGCAAAGACUACCAGGAGAUCAAGAUCCAAGAGCAGGCGCAGAGACUAUCCGUGGGCAGUAUUCCCCGCUCAAUGCUGGUCAUUUUAGAAGAUGAUCUGGUGGACAGCUGCAAAUCAGGAGAUGAUAUCACAGUGUAUGGUGUUGUGUGGCAGCGCUGGAAGCCACUGUACCAAGACUCACGCUGUGAGGUGGAGAUUGUGAUGAAGGCAAAUUACAUUGAAAUCAAUAAUGACCAAUCCACAGCAGCAGUGGCACUAGAGGACUUCCAGAAAGAAUUUGAGGAAUUCUGGGAAAAUCACAAGCAUGACCCUAUAGCUGGCAGGAAUCAGAUCCUGAUGAGUCUCUGCCCCCAAGUAUUUGGAAUGUAUGUUGUGAAGUUGGCUGUUGCCAUGGUUUUGGCAGGGGGAGUGCAGCGCAUUGAUGCCUCAGGAACAAAGGUGAGAGGCGAGUCUCACCUCUUGCUGGUCGGUGACCCGGGCACAGGAAAAUCUCAGUUUCUGAAAUACGCAGCCAAGAUCACCCCACGCUCAGUCCUCACCGCUGGGAUUGGCUCCACUAAUGCAGGUCUGACUGUAGCUGCUGUGAAGGACUCUGGAGAGUGGCAUCUGGAGGCAGGAGCUUUGGUUCUGUCUGACGGAGGCCUGUGCUGUAUUGACGAGUUUAACAGCAUCAAGGAGCGUGAUCGCACCAGCAUCCAUGAAGCCAUGGAGCAGCAGACCAUUAGCGUGGCCAAGGCUGGAAUGGUAUGUAAACUGGACACAAGGACAACUAUUCUGGCAGCCACCAACCCAAAGGGCCAGUAUGACCCCAAUGUCUCUGUCUCGGUGAAUGUGGCUGUGGCUAGCCCCCUCCUCAGCCGCUUUGACCUGGUUCUUGUUCUGCUGGACACUAAGAACCCAGAGUGGGAUAAAAUCAUAUCUUCCUUUAUCCUCCAGAAUAAAGGUGUUCCAAGUCAGUCUUCAUCAUUAUGGAGUAUGGAGAAGAUGAGGGCCUAUUUUUGCCUGAUAAAAAGGUUGCGGCCCCACAUCACUCGUGAGGCUAACUCCAUCCUGGCCCGCUACUACCAGCUGCAGAGACAGAGUGACAGCCGCAACGCCGCCCGCACAACCAUCCGCAUGCUGGAGAGUCUUGGCCGCCUCUCAGAGGCCCAUGCCAGGCUGAUGUUCAGAGAGAUGGUCACAGUUGAGGAUGCUGUUGUGGCUGUGUCUGUUAUGGAGUGCUCCAUGCAGGGGGGCGCACUACUCGGUAAUGUGAACACACUGCACACCUCCUUCCCCGACAACCCAAAAGAGCAGUACAGAACUCAGUGUCAGAUUGUGCUGGAGGGCCUGGGGCUGACCCAUAUCCUCAACAAAGAGCUGGAGAGGCUCUCAAGGCUGCGCAGCAGUACGUACGAUUCAUCCGGAGUGGAGCAGCACAGUGAUGUGCACGGGGAGAGUGCGGACAGUGAGGCGACAGCUGGAUCCGACCCAGGCCUCAACUGGUUCCACAGCUUAAACAGCCCGACUGAAGCUAACGCCACUUUCCCCCAAGUGUCCCCCAUCACUACUUCAACACAGAACACAGCAAAGCCACACAGGCCUACCGUGUUGCCUAGCAACAGCAGCUCUGCACAUAGUGAGGGUUCUGCGUGGGUGAAGGAGGCUGCUGGAGCCGUGGAGGCAGUGGCUGAUUCAGGCAGGGGAGUGGAGGGGGCUGAGAGAACCAGUUCUGUAGUGGAGAAAAGCUCAAAAAAACUGCGAGCCAAACGAUUAAAAGGGAUGAGCAGGGACCCCCUGCAAAGAGAAGAGAAGAACACUGAGGGUGGGAGGACAGACACUGGUGAUGAUUUGGAGCAGAUGUUUUCUCCAGGCAGGUUUCCCUCCCACAGCACGCCCAUGGCGGGCAAAAAACAGCCUUCCAAAGGAAAAGCUGCCUCACUGAGUGUCCCUGUGGUAGAACAACAAGCAGAGAGUGGGGACAACAUGCGCAACCAACUGUCUAGCUUUACCUUCAGACCUAGAGAAAGAAUGGUGCAUGCAAAUGACUCUGGCAUUGCAAACAAUGAAAAUUUUACCAAAGUAAAUGAAGGUGAUGGCAGUAAAAGUGAUGCCAGGCAACCUACAGAGCUGCAAAGGAAAGGAAAGGAGUGGGAGGAGAGUGAAAAUCAUAUGCUUUAUAAGCAGCCAGCAGAGGGCAGCAGUGCAAGCAAGAAGCUCCGUCAGCGAGUUGAGGCCGAGGUCAGAGAGCUUCCUUCUGAGGAGCUACACAAAGAAAGAGGGAGUGAAAAUGUGGAGCAUAAACGUCAGCAGCUUCUGCAGAAACUUUCCAGUGUGGCUUCAGGUGAGCCUAAAUCUGCUUCUGAUAAACCCCCUGUGGCUCUGCAAGGGACAAGACACCCAAAGACACUCAAAGUGGCUUCCGCCGCCCUGGCCAAGCUUUCCAGGUUCUCUUUUGUUUCUACUGAAGAAAAGACUGUAGAAAAGACCACCACAGCUCCAGGACAGCCGCAGCCCUUACCAGUUUCCAAGGACGAUGUAAUGGAAAAGGCUUCCAGCACAGUGGAAAGUGCUCAAACACGGACUGUGGAGGAGACAAGGGAGCAGAGAAAUGCCAACCCACAGAUGCUAAUGAAUCCAACCACAGAGAGUGGUGCAAAAACUAGCAGGCGUAAGCCAGAGUGGAGUGGUGGAGUUCAGGGAGAUGGAGAGCAAUCGGUUAACCCAAAAAAGAGGAAGUGUUUUGAAUUGGGCACAGCAGGCCAUACAGGCCUCCUGUCUGGCUUUUCAUUCUUCAGCUCCUCCAUCAUAGACGAUGAGGCGCUAGAUGUGGACUGGGAGGAGGAGUCUAGUAAAAGACCGACUGCGUAAUCAAAGAAUAGAAAUCUGAGAGAUAUUAAUGUCUAUUAUAGAUGCAUAUGUGCAGAAAUUUCUGCAAAGCUUAUUUGAAGAUGCAAAAAAAAUCUUUUAUGUGGAACUCUCACUUCUGUAAACUGCUGAAGAAAAAAAUAAUCCAGUCAUCUGCUGCUGCUGUUGUACUACAGCACUGCCAGGUUGUGAAUCAGCAGUAAAAAAUGCACUGUCUAACUGA